CAAAGUCCAACUUCUUUCUCCUUCUAGAUAAAUCCUACACAAAUCCGUUUCUACACAAAUCCUUUUCUACACAGAUUUUCUCUUGCAUCUUCCAAUUUGUGUCUCUGGAAGUGUCCAUCUUCGUGUUCACCCUCAAUUUGUGUCUGUCCAAGUUCACCCUUGAGGGGAUAUAAAAUGACACAACGACUUGACAUAUAUGCAAUCACUCCUGAAAUACCUGACUGGACCUGUAAAGUGCAAGUUGUGGACAUAUGCAAACCAGGAGAAGGUAUUCACCGAAAGAUAAAAUAUUUGAACAUGAUCUUUCAAGAUGAACAGGAAGACCAAAUAAAAGCUAUUAUUUAUGGUGAUGAAAUCUCCUCUUAUCAAGAUAUAUUCAAGCUGUUCCACACCUAUUUGAUAGCGGGUGCGCGCAUACAAGUACCAAAUUUGAGAUAUGAAAGACCCUUGCAUACAUUUGAGUGGAUUAUUGACAAAAAAACCAUAGUUGAUCCAAUUGAAAAAGAUAAUCCAGAUGAGGAUGAAUUGCCACCGCCCACAAAGCUGAAUCUUACAUCAUUUGACGACAUCAACAAUCAGGCCUCCCAGUCUACCAAAGAGCAGCUUAAGGACGUAGAAUUUAAUAUACUCGCAAUUGUUGUCCGCUGCUUCCCGCCAAGGUUUGUUGCAAGAGUCCAGAAAAGAUUGCAAGAACUCAUUCUCAUCGAUACUGACAAACAAGCUUUGACCUUCACACUAUGGGAAGACACUUUUAUUGAGGACGAAGGCAAGAAACUCCUUGACCAAUUCGAAAAACGUCCUAUUAUCUUUGCCAGGCGUAUUGGGGUAUCCAAGUACAAUGGUACAUCGUUGACACAAAAUUUAACACCACAAUACAAAUUGAUCCCCCUUAUUCCCAAUGCCUACAAUUGCACACAUGGGUCCAAGAAAACAGAGAAAUGCUUGCUUCUUUCAGCCUGAGGAGCACAUCUGAAUCUGGAUCUCUUAUUAGCGUUUCAGUAGAUGAACAAAUAGUCCCAAUUGCAAAUG